GAGCGCGCAACAUCUGCACUUCAGUGAGGCGUGGUCAGUCAGAGCUAACAGGUGGGCCCUCCGCACAGCUGCAUUUCACUUAUCUCCAUCCGCAGGAUCUACUUUCUCCUCUACGAUACACACACAGCUGCCACAAAAUGCCCAAGUGCCCCAAGUGCCAGAAGGAGGUCUAUUUCGCUGAGAGGGUGACGUCACUGGGAAAGGACUGGCACAGGCCAUGUCUAAAGUGUGAAAAGUGCAACAAGACGCUGUCACCAGGCUCACACGCAGAGCAUGAAGGCAAGCCAUACUGUCACAACCCCUGCUACGGUGCAAUGUUUGGACCAAAAGGAUUUGGCCGUGGUGGAGCUGAAAGCCACUCCUAUAAAUAAAAAGGGUCAGGCUCCGUGGAGAAAACAAGUUUGAAGAAGCCAGCAUUCUCAGAAGUCACAAUAAAAAACCUGCAAACAAACUGUGCUCUCAUUCAGAGGAGACAUUUUGCAUGCAUGUGCUUUUUAUUAUAUCUGUCAGGAUUCUUUUCUGAUAUUUUUGUAUUCCCAUGAUUUACUCGGAGGUGGAUGUUCUUUAGUCUCAUCCUGAUUAAACAUUUUGUGAAAUUUG